AUGUCUACAACGCAGAGGCGCAGCUCAAGCGUGUACUCUGACGCCUUCGAUCUCACCGCACUGACCGAGACCAUCGUCCACGAGCAGCGGGAGCAGCAGACACUCGUCAUUACCGCGCUAGAAUGGGAGACUAUGAAGAAACGGCUGAGCAGGUAUGAUCGCAUGCUGUUGGAAAUUGAUCGAGAUAUUGAGCCAUGGUACUCGGCCGCGGCUGGAUGCUGUUCCUGGAUGCUCCUCGCCGUCUUCCUUGUGUCUCCAGCGACGUACGCGACCAUUCAGCAAUCGGUCGCUUUGAACAAUGUCGGUGUGGUGGGGACGUCUGCCGUGCAUCUCAUGCGCAGCAUUCCAUUGAUAUGCAUAGCGGUGGUGACCAGCGUAGUGGCAGCUGCCGGGCUGGCUUGGCUCUCGUGGCGUUGGCGCACGAACUACCUCUGGCUGCAUCGCGCCAUCAUUGUCCCGACCAUGAUUCACGCGGUGACGGGCCUGGGCUCCGCCUUGCUGAGCGUCUACCGCAUGCAGCACGGGAUGUGGUCGAUGGCCUCCAAGAUCACGGUAGGUGUUGCGGGGGCCUGGAUUUUGAUCACAAUUCCCUCCUUUGCUAUUGUCCCAGAGUCUAUGAUCUGA